AUGCUACCGAUAGAUCCCAAGCCUAAUCUCCGAUCUAUGUACAGAAAUAUAGUGAGAGGACUUAGAAAGAUAAAACACUGUCAACCAACUAUAUCGUUUGCUCUGGAUGUUCCUGAAAACCUAAGAAAUGAGCUUGAAAAAGCAAAAUCCGAUAGUUUACUGUACAAGGAGCUAUUAUUGCCGGAGCUCCAUUUUCUAGCGAAGGAAGAAUUCAGUAAAGAGCUCACAGAUUUAUACCUGGUAAAAGGGUACAAACAGCUUUCUUUCGGCACAGAGCUAAUUCUGGCCAUUGAUGAUAUUAAAUUGGACAAAGCUGCGGCCUGGAAUAAUCUCAUAAACUUACUUGUAAAAUAUCGAUCAGCUCAACUAAGACAAAGUAGAUGGAGGGAGAAGUAUCAUGAAAAUAGGGACCAGAUUGAACGGGCCUUGCUCAAGGAAAUGCCAAGUCAACUCGCACGUAAACGAUCAAGUUUGUUAGAACAAAUCAAGGCCAAGGAAAGAAACAUCAAUGUCACAUUUAGCACCCUCUCAUCUAGUGCAAGAACAAAGUACUACAAGAAACAACACGAGCAGAGUCAAAUUAAUGCGUCAGAAACAAUGAAGAUGCAUUUGAAAGAAUUGCAGAAAAAAAAGAAGAUCCCAAACCCGUUCAAACUUCCAUACGUGUCGACACCUGAGUCCUUCCUGCUCUUAGAUCAACCUAACCAAACAUACAUGGUACCCGGAGCUGCCAAAAGUAGUGUUAUCAAAGACGCAUACGACAGUGAUAUAAUUCGGGCAAUUCUAGAACCCGAAGUUGAAUACCGUUUAAACGAGAAGCAUUUCCUCGGGAAGGUUGAUGAUAUAGUGAACAACAGAGGGCCUGCAAAAGUGAAGAUCUGUGCAUCGAAUGCUGGAAUAAUGCCUGCCUUCUACCUAAGAAAGCCAUUAAAGCCUCGAAAUUACUUGAAGAUGAUGGCAAUUGAUAUAAAACGCCUGAUGAGAAGUGUCAGAAAAAGGCUUGUGUGGCUUCUGCCACUUGAAAAUGCUAUCGGAGUGAGUGAACCAAAGUUUGGCGAUGGUUAUGGUGUCAUUGGUAGCAGAGGUUUCUCUUCGAACGAAAUUAUGUUUUGCGAGGAAUACUACUUAAAUCUUGCUCUUCAAGAAGUGACCUGGGAAUACUUAUUGGAAGAACAGACCAGUGGAAAAAAAAUAGGUGUCUGCAAUACUAAGAGGCUUGAUCAAUUAUUAAAAAGCUGGCAAGAGCCUUUAAUAGAGACUACCGCUGCCUUGAACAAGGAGGUAUCUUAUUUCCACACCAAAUAUCGCACUUUGAGAGACCAGCUCCGUUUGGAACGAUCCACAGCCCAAGAAGAUGCUAAUGCUCACUACACAACAAUCGUUCAAAAAUACUUGGAUGUCUUACAAAUGAAGGAGGACGAAAAAGUGUUCAUGCAUUCGGAUAUAUACAACGUCAAACGUACGCCAGAGACUACAUAUGAGCAGGAGCUUCUCGCUCAAGACCUUCUUCCUACCAAAAAUCGACCAGGCCUUCCUCUACGGGAAAAUUUGGGAAGUCUGUUAGGUGAUUGCCUUGAGGCAGUAGGUCUCAAGGGUUUCAAGAUCGGGCAGGCCUUCAAAAAGAAACAUAGCAUUAUAGAGAAGGAAUGA